UUAAAUGGCAAAGAAGGGAGACUCUGCGGGGGAAGUCCAUAGCAUAACUGAACGAAAGAAAAACAAAAUUAAGAAAUUAAAUAACCGAAGAAGAGAGAAGAAAAUAUAUAUAAUCAAUAAAAUCACUCGAAAUUCCUCUCUCUUUCUCUCUCAGUUCAUGUUGAUUUAGCCCUUCGUAGACUUCCUCCGUAUCCGCGCCGCCGUAAGACGCCGCCUCGGCACGGCAGUAUCAGCAACAGGCGUGGUGCUCGCCGUCUUCGAAGGGCUUGUUUCUCUCCGCUAUCUGAGAUCUGAAUCAAUAAAAUAAAAACAAAAUGACUGCAACAAGCAAGACGGAUCAAAAAGCGGCUUUAGACAUUGCAUCAUGGCUAUUCAAUGUUGUCACUUCCGUUGGGAUCAUCCUCGUUAACAAGGCUUUGAUGGCUACUUAUGGCUUUAGUUUCGCUACAACAUUAACCGGUUUGCAUUUCGGAACAACCACUUUGUUGACCACUUUCUUGACAUGGCUUGGUUAUAUCCAACCUUCCCAGCUUCCUUGGCCUGACCUUUUGAAAUUCGUUUUGUUCGCUAACUUCUCUAUUGUUGGGAUGAACGUGAGUCUCAUGUGGAAUUCUGUUGGAUUCUACCAGAUUGCCAAGCUGAGUAUGAUCCCGGUUUCUUGUCUACUUGAAGUUGUUCUUGACAAUGUCAGGUAUUCAAGAGAUACAAAGCUCAGCAUUUUGUUAGUUCUUGCUGGUGUUGCCGUCUGUACUGUAACCGAUGUUAGUGUUAAUCUCAACGGAUUUCUCGCUGCCGCUAUUGCUGUCUGGAGCACCGCGCUUCAGCAAUACUAUGUACAUUAUCUACAGCGAAAAUAUUCGCUCGGUUCUUUCAAUUUACUGGCACAUACUGCUCCAGUACAAGCUGCGUCAUUGUUGUUAGUUGGACCAUUUCUAGACUACUGGUUGACUAACCAAAGAGUGGAUGCAUUCAACUUUUCAUUUGUAUCUCUGUUCUUCUUAAUACUCUCGUGCAGUAUCGCGGUCGGGACCAAUCUCAGUCAGUUCAUCUGUAUUGGAAGAUUUACGGCGGUGUCUUUCCAAGUACUUGGUCACAUGAAGACAAUUCUGGUAUUGGUUUUGGGAUUCACUUUCUUCGGCAAGGAAGGUUUAAACCUGCAAGUAGUACUUGGAAUGCUCAUUGCGAUCCUCGGUAUGAUCUGGUACGGCAAUGCAUCUUCUAAACCGGGUGGUAAAGAGCGUCGUAGCCUCUCUAUUCCCAUAACCAAGUCACAGAAACUAUCCGAAACAACCGAAUCUGAUGAAAAGGUGUAGAAGAAAGAAAGAGAAAUGGUCGCAUUGACAUAGAAACAAAAGACAAGAAACUCAGAUACAAAACAGGUAGAGUAUCAUCAAAUGGGAUAUUUUAUAAACAAAAAAGGGUUUAAAUUAUUUAAUCUCCAGAACUAUAAUCUUACAGAGCUUUCCAUUUGUUUUCCUGCAUUAUUUAUUUUUGAUUAAUCCUUUUUUGGCCUUUUGCAUUUUUUUGCCUAAUUAUGUCAUAAAAGAAACAUUAUCCAUCCAUACGUCAUACGACUGAUAAUAAAAUCUCAAAUUUAUAUAAAAAAAAAGGAAUUUUGUCCUGGUA